AGUUGAGGAUGCAAAAUCGAAUUUCCCUGAAAUUUGUUUUUUUUGCGGGUAGGGGCUUCGAAGCUCCUCAGAUCUAAUGAACCGAUCGAAGAAUCCGAAAUCGGACUGGCCAUUUGCCUUUCCUUAACUUUCUCGGGAAGCAAUAUAACGCUCGAGCCCUUGUCGUCGGGGAAGAAUCUUCCGAUCGACGCCUUUUCCGGUGAACGCGAUGAGUUACAAAAGGGACUCUCGUGCCUCUAGGGCCUCUCUUUUUGAUAAUUACAGUAAUAUCGAGGAAGGGCGUGGAAGCUCCUCUUCACGCUCCCAUGAAAUUAAUGAGCAUGACAAUGACAAAGCUGUGGACAGUUUGCAUGACAGAGUGACGUUCCUGAAGAGGUUAACUGGUGACAUACACAAUGAGGUGGAAAAUCAUAAUCAUCUCCUCGACAAAAUGGGAAAGAGCAUGGAUGCAUCAAGAGGUACCAUGUCUCGCACUGUAGAUCGUUUCAAAAAGGUUUUUGAUAAAAAAUCAAACCGGCAAGUAUGUAAACUUGCUGCAUAUUUUGUAGUCUUAUUCAUUUCAGUAUACUUCCUCAUCAAGUUCGUUGGAUACUUCAUGUGGAGAUAAAGGAGUGUUUAAAUGCUUGGCUGAUCUUGUACAUUGAGGGAUCCGUCUCUUGCAUGCUCUAUCAGGUGUGU